AUGUUUACCCCAUCUGUAAUCAUAUAUGCUGAAAUAGUGGCAGACGUUCAAUAUACCGUGAGUUGUACAAGUACGCUCAAUAUGAGAAUUUCGAUUAGAUCAGGAGGACAUUCCUAUGAAAAAUACAGUACUGCGGGUGCAAUAGUCGUAGAUAUUACGAAUUUGAACCAAAUUGACAUAGAUUUAACAGCAAAAACUGCAGUUAUCGGUGCCGGGAAUAGAUUAGGUCCUAUUUAUUACGCUUUGAGCCAAGCUGGUUUCUUAAUUCCAGCCGGAAGUUGCCUAACUGUUG